CGGCGCCGUCCAACAUGGAGGCGCCCGGCGAGGCCGAGGGGGCCGUGGGGUCCGGCGGGCGGCGGGAGGGACUGAGGUGCCGCCAUCCUGUCGCAGAGAUGCUGGAUCUGCCCUUCCUGCCCUUCUGCAUCUUUCUCGGCGGCCUGGGCUUCAUCUGCGUGGCCUUCGUGAGUGCCUGGUGCCAGCACUGGCGCGGCGGCUUUGCCUUGGACGGCAGUCUCCAGAUGUUCAACUGGCACCCGGUGUUGAUGGUGACGGGCAUGGUGGUGCUGUACGGUGCAGCGGCCCUGGUGUACCGCCUGCCCCCCGCCUGGAGCGGCCCCAAGCUCCCCUGGAAGGUGCUGCACGGUGCCCUGACCCUGGCAGCCUUCAGCCUGGCCGUGCUAGGGCUGGUGGCCGUCUUUCGCUUCCACAACAACCACGGGACGCCCAACAUGUACUCGCUGCACAGCUGGCUGGGGCUGGCCACUGUGCUGCUCUUUUCCUGCCAGUGGCUGGCCGGCUUCAGCGCCUUCCUGCUGCCCUGGGCUCCUGCCUGGCUCCGUGCCCUCUACAAGCCCGUCCACGUCUUCUUCGGCUCCACCAUCCUCAUGCUGUCCGUGGCCUCGUGCGUGUCGGGCAUCAAUGAGAAGCUCUUCUUCAGCCUGAAGAACGGGACGAUGGACUACAAGUGCCUGCCUGCUGAGGCUGUCUUUGCCAACACGCUGGGGCUCCUCAUCAUCCUCUUUGGGGUGCUGGUGCUGGGUGCCCUGGCCAGGCCGAGCUGGAAGCGCCCCGAUGCUGACUCCCCAGACUCUUGCCAGCCACUGCUCACUGCCGAGCGCUGACACCUGCAUGGCAGCCAAGGUCUCUCCCUGCCCUCCCGGGGCUGCCAGCCCUGAGCUGUCCAACCCCGUCGCUUCCCUGCCUGCACCGCCGACUCCGCUCUCGGCCUGUCACCUUGCCCUCGCCGGGGGCUCCCGCUGCCUGCACCUGACGCUCACCUGCCCGUGGGAGGAACAGGCUCAGCUCCCUUACGACAGAGAUGUUGCUGCGAUGAGGACAUCUCUUUGCCUCCUUUGUGGCCUGGCAUUGGCCUCCUGCCUGCCAUAGGAUGAGGGCAGCUGCAGUGUGAUGCUUCAGCCUCCAUCCUCAUGCCUCCACAUGCCAGCUCCUGCUGGGUCGAGCUGGUCUUUCACACCUGGACCUUGGUCCGUGCCAAACUGGCUGCCCUCAAGCCUUCCCCGGGCCCUGCAGUGCCAUCGCUCAAUGCAGCAGCCGGAGCUGUCAGAGCCUUGUCAGGUCAGAAGCUGCUGGAGGAGCACCCAUGUGCCUGGCAGCACUACCC